AUGGAGAGUGGGGAAAAACAACUUCCAAAAUGGGUACAGAUUGCUUAUCCGAAGAUUUUUAUAAAACGAAGCUGUUCGUCACUUUUUACACCGGAGAUGAAGUCCUUACUGUUCCUGUUGCUACCAAUGCUGGUGUUUUCUCUUCCCGCAAGAUCCAACUCUGACAACGCGAACUGUGACUCCGACUGGACCUAUUUCGAUCUUACGAAGUCCUGCUAUUACGUAGGAAGCGACAACACCUUCGACUCCGCCGAGGCAGACUGUAAAUCCCUCGGUGGCCACCUCACAUCCAUCGUCAACGCCUUCGAGAACAAUUUCGUCGCAUCGCUUACAGAAGUCGGUCAAAAACAGGAUACUAAUGGUAUGACUUGGAUUGGGCUUCGAUAUCAGCAGAAUAAGUGGACCUGGAUGGACGGCAGCGACAGCAGUUACCUGAACUGGAUGAAGGGAAAACCAGAAAAGGAUGCCAGCAAAUACGCCUGCGCUGAGAUACUGCAAGACGACUACAAGGGCGCCAAAACGCAAUGGAACGAUGUGGAUUGUGGAGUCAGAAUGAGGAAAUAUGUGUGCAAGAAGCCAGCAGUCAACUAA